GCGGGCACAGCAGCCAGGCUGCCGGAGAGCUGAUCUCGGGGAUUCGGGUGCGGAGCCCUUGGCCUGGAGGCGAUAUGGGUGGUCCGUGGCUCGGUUCAGUCGCUUGCAGCAGCCCGGGGAACAGGCCUGUCUGGCCCUGAGGAAGUCCCCUUUCUGAAGCUGUGGUGCUUGGACGACCUGCUCUCUACGUUGCUGGGCACCUGUAGGUGUCCCUCGAGAGCUCAGUUUUGAGGUUCAAGUCAGUGUGGCCAUGAAGGGGCUGCCUGUUGGGCUGAUGCUGUGACCCUGGAGUCUGCCUCUCCUGCCAGUCCCCCUGCCCGGAACAUGUGGCUGCGGCUUGGCCCGCCCUCGCUGUCCCUGAGCCCCAAGCCCACAGUUGGCAGGAGCCUGUGCCUCACCCUGUGGUUCCUCAGUUUGGCGCUGAGGGCCAGUACCCAGGCCCCAGCACCCACAGUCAACACUCACUUUGGGAAGCUAAGGGGUGCCCGGGUACCACUGCCCAGUGAGAUCCUGGGGCCUGUGGACCAAUACCUGGGGGUGCCCUAUGCAGCUCCCCCGAUCGGCGAGAAACGUUUCCUGCCCCCUGAACCACCCCCAUCCUGGUCGGGCAUCCGGAACGCCACACACUUUCCCCCAGUGUGCCCCCAGAACAUCCACACAGCUGUGCCCGAAGUCAUGCUGCCAGUCUGGUUCACUGCCAACUUGGAUAUCGUCGCUACUUACAUCCAGGAGCCCAACGAAGACUGUCUCUACCUGAACGUCUAUGUGCCGACGGAGGAUGGAUCCGGCGCUAAGAAACAGGGCGAGGACUUAGCGGAUAAUGACGGGGAUGAAGAUGAAGACAUCCGGGACAGUGGUGCUAAACCCGUCAUGGUCUACAUCCACGGAGGCUCUUACAUGGAAGGGACAGGCAACAUGAUUGAUGGCAGCGUCCUCGCCAGUUAUGGCAAUGUCAUCGUCAUCACCCUCAACUAUCGGGUUGGAGUGCUAGGUUUCCUGAGUACUGGAGAUCAGGCUGCCAAGGGCAACUAUGGGCUCCUUGACCAGAUCCAGGCCCUCCGCUGGGUGAGCGAGAAUAUUGCCUUCUUCGGGGGAGACCCCCGCCGGAUCACCGUCUUUGGCUCGGGCAUUGGUGCAUCCUGCGUCAGCCUCCUCACGUUGUCACAUCACUCAGAGGGACUUUUCCAGAGAGCCAUCAUCCAAAGUGGCUCUGCUCUGUCCAGCUGGGCUGUGAACUACCAACCAGUGAAGUACACCAGCCUGCUGGCAGACAAAGUGGGCUGUAAUGUGCUGGACACCGUGGAUAUGGUGGACUGUCUUCGGCAAAAGAGUGCCAAGGAGCUGGUAGAGCAGGACAUCCAGCCAGCCCGCUACCACGUGGCCUUUGGCCCUGUGAUUGAUGGUGAUGUCAUUCCUGAUGACCCUGAGAUCCUCAUGGAGCAGGGCGAGUUCCUCAACUAUGACAUCAUGCUAGGUGUCAACCAGGGCGAGGGUCUCAAGUUUGUGGAAGGGGUGGUGGACCCUGAGGAUGGUGUCUCUGGCACUGACUUUGACUAUUCCGUCUCCAAUUUUGUGGACAAUCUGUAUGGCUACCCUGAGGGUAAGGACACCCUGCGAGAGACCAUCAAGUUCAUGUAUACAGACUGGGCAGACCGUGACAACCCUGAGACCCGCCGUAAAACACUGGUGGCACUCUUCACUGACCACCAGUGGGUGGAGCCCUCAGUGGUGACAGCCGAUCUGCAUGCCCGCUACGGCUCGCCUACCUACUUCUACGCCUUCUAUCAUCACUGCCAGAGCCUCAUGAAGCCUGCUUGGUCAGAUGCAGCUCAUGGGGAUGAAGUACCCUAUGUUUUUGGGGUUCCUAUGGUAGGCCCCACUGACCUUUUCCCCUGCAACUUCUCCAAGAAUGAUGUUAUGCUCAGUGCUGUCGUCAUGACCUAUUGGACCAACUUUGCCAAGACUGGGGAUCCCAACAAGCCAGUCCCCCAGGACACCAAGUUCAUUCACACCAAGGCCAACCGCUUUGAGGAAGUGGCCUGGUCCAAAUACAAUCCCCGAGACCAGCUCUACCUUCACAUCGGGCUGAAACCAAGGGUCCGAGAUCAUUACCGGGCCACUAAAGUGGCCUUUUGGAAACAUCUGGUGCCCCACCUAUACAACCUGCAUGACAUGUUCCACUAUACGUCCACCACCACCAAAGUGCCGCCUCCGGAUACCACCCACAGCUCCCACAUCACCCGCAGGCCCAAUGGCAAGACCUGGAGCACCAAGCGGCCAGCCAUCUCACCUGCCUACAGCAACGAGAAUGCCCAGGGGUCCUGGAACGGGGACCAGGACGCAGGGCCACUCCUGGUGGAGAACCCUCGUGACUACUCCACUGAAUUAAGUGUCACCAUCGCCGUGGGGGCCUCCCUCCUGUUCCUUAACGUUCUGGCCUUCGCUGCCCUCUACUACCGCAAGGACAAACGGCGCCAGGAACCCCUGCGGCAGCCUAGCCCUCAGCGGGGAGCCGGGGCCCCGGAAUUGGGAGCUGCUCCAGAGGAGGAGCUGGCGGCGUUACAACUGGGCCCCACCCACCACGAGUGUGAGGCCGGUCCCCCCCAUGACACGCUGCGCCUCACUGCAUUGCCCGACUACACCCUGACCCUGCGGCGCUCCCCGGAUGACAUCCCACUCAUGACCCCCAACACCAUCACUAUGAUCCCCAACUCCCUGGUAGGGCUGCAGACAUUGCACCCCUAUAACACCUUUGCCGCAGGGUUCAACAGUACCGGGCUGCCCCACUCACACUCCACUACCCGGGUAUAGCUCCAACUCAGAGCACAGCCAAUCUCCCGGCUCCCUCCCUCCCAGAUCCAGGAACACAUGCACACACACACACACACACACACGCAGACACACACACACACACACACACAUAUGUAUACGCACGCACCCACAUCCUACAGCAGAUCCACCUGCACAAACAUAGACAGAUGUGGACAUGCACCCGCAUGUACAAAAACACAAAUACAGAAGUAAACCUGAACAAACCCUUUAAAUGGGGACGCAGAUGAGUCCUCGGUAAAACGAGGACCCAUGAAACAGCAGCUGAAGCCAGCUCCCUGAGUCUGACCACAGACACUCCUGGGGGGCCUGAAAGCAACAGCUGGACACCCCCUUGGUGCUCGCCUUCGGCCUCUCUUGGAACUGCACCACCGACCAACUCCAGACUUGGGAGCUUUAAAGAGCAGGAUAGCUCUUCCUCCCCAGGACUUGGUCUUUUUUCUGGGUCUUGUUUUGUUGAUUUUUCUUUUUUAAUUUUGGAACAGAUGCUUUUCCAACCCAUGAGUGCUAAGAGGCUCUGGAAGGGAGGGCUUCAGGCCCGAAGGUCUCUCUGGCUCUAGGACCCCCAGUGCUGACAAAAUCAGACCAAGGAACAGGACCCCCAGGAAGGAAAGAUUCAAGCAAGACCAUGGGGUGGAAGGAGAAAGGGGCUAGCACUGGAUGGGGCUGGAGGGCCGUAGGGGAGAGAUCUCCAACUCUCUCUGUGUCUGUGUGGAGGGCUGCAGAGCCUGCAGGGUAACCUGCUUCCCCAAAGGCCAACAGCGUUGGCCUGGCCAGACCAGGGGACCUUAGAUUUGGUGAACAAUGUACUAUGGAAGCCACAUCACUACUGGGCCCCCAGGUCUGAUCUGGGUUUUGCCUCUGCCCUUGGGGAAAUGCUAUCAGAAAUUCGCCCCAUUUUCUUUACAGUCUUUUGUGUCUGUCAUUUCUCUUUCAAAAAGGCGGUGUUUUUUGUUGUUGUUGGCUUUUUUUUUUUUUUAAAGAAAAGUUCUUAAAACACUAACGGAAACCCAUGGAGUUUGUCCUUUGUAAAAAUUUUAAACACAGUGUCUUGAUAUAAAAAUAAAAAAUCCAGUUAGCACUCCCAA